UCUUCCCACCUUAUCCCCAACCCGUAAACCUCACUUGCUCGCUCACUCCAGUUCCAUGGCUUCCCUCCCGACCGCCGCCGCCGCCACGCUCCUCGCGGCGCAGGCCUUCGCCUUCGCCUUGGCGCCGAAGCCCUCCUCCUCCUCCUGCGCGCUCUUCCCACGCUCUGGGGUGGCGUUCCCGUCGCUCGUGAAGCGCGGCGCGCGGCGCGGGCAGGCGAGGCAGCCGGUGGUGGCGGGGGCGGGGAGCGAGCAGAGGGAGACGAUACUGCUCCCUGGGUGCGACUACAACCACUGGCUGAUCGUGAUGGAGUUCCCCAAGGACCCCGCCCCCACGCGGGAGCAGAUGAUCGAUACCUACCUCAACACCCUCGCCACCGUCCUCGGCAGCAUGGAGGAGGCUAAGAAGAACAUGUACGCCUUCAGCACAACCACCUACACUGGGUUCCAGUGCACUGUGGAUGAGGAAACAUCAGAGAAGUUCAAGGGUUUACCUGGUGUUCUGUGGGUACUCCCUGAUUCCUACAUUGAUGUCAAGAACAAAGACUAUGGAGGUGAUAAAUACAUAAAUGGAGAGAUAAUUCCAUGCACGUACCCGACCUACCAACCAAAAGAGCGGAGGACAUCGAAAUAUGAAAGCAGGCGGUACGAAAGGCGAAGAGAUGGACCCCCGGCAAGCAGGAGACCAAGACAACAGGCAGCUCAGCCUGAGUCAGCCUCUUCCUGAGUUUUGCAGACACUCAUCUACGUAAUGGAAAGAAAGAACUUGCUUAAUAGCUAAUUCUACCAGUUGGUGUCACACACGGGAAAGCUCUGACAGAUAAACCAUUCCUCAACCCAAAAUAUCAUCCAGAGCAGUGCAAGCGACCCAUGCAGCUGGAUUUGGAAUUUUUGGAUCAUGUGGAUCACUCUUGAUAUUUUGGGUGGAAUGACUUCUGAAUGUGACAGAGACAUAUAUGAUCUAUCUAAAGAUGUUACUCAAAUAUCUUGUGAUUUUUUUUUCUGUGUUACCCUGCUACCUAGCUGUGUGGAAUUUGUUGAUCCUUAUCGAUGUGAACUUUCUUGAACUGAACCUGAUUUUUUAGGCAUUGUAUUCACGUUGUUCUGCUCAUGAACCUGAGACUUGCGAUUUGGGAUCAUUGAAUCGCAGUGAGAUUGAAAGCUA